UUCUGGAAAAAUCGGGAAAUAAAUACAUUUAAACGUUUGCAAAUGUUUGAAAAGAAGAGCGACAAGGCCAAGGAGAAUGAGCGAAAGCCUCGCGACGAUGGCAUUGAGCUGGAGAGCCACUUUAUAAUGCGUGUACCGAAGGAAAUGGCCGACACUGUCCACGAAGCCAUUCAGGCGGGGAACAUAAAGGAUAGAUUAUCCAUUCAAUUGGAUCAGGACCUGCGAUACGGUGAGGUCCGGCUGGAUGACCAGUUGCUCUACACGAAGCUCGUGGACCUGCCAACGGUUGUAGAGAGCUACAAGACCAUUGACAACAAGAGCUUCUAUAAGUCGGCGGACAUUUGCCAAAUUCUGAUCUGCAAAGAAGAGCCCGAUGAGGAGCCCGAGAAGGAGUCGCCGAACAAGAACAAGAAGAAGGAUCCCAACAAGGUGGACAAGAAGUAUUUGUGGCCGCAUGGCAUAACACCGCCCUGCAAGAACGCCCGCAAGCGUCGCUUCCGCAAAACACUGAAAAAAAAGAACGUGGAGGCACCCGAAAUCGAGAAGGAGGUCAAGCAUUUGCUUCGCAUCGACAACGAGGCGGUUCGUGUCGACUACGAGAUAAUCAAUGAGGAGGACAAGCCCUCCGACGAUCUGGAUCAGUCGGAUAUGAAGCAAUACAACGACGCGGAUGAUGAAAUGCAGGACGACAACACCAUGAAUGCCAGCGAAAAGGCAAUUAAUGAUAAUGGCAUGCAGCGCGAUAUCAAUGUGGAAUCGGAUGAUGAUGAUACCAGCAAUUUCGCCACUCAACAUCGUGCUCCCAACAUGGGCGUGGCAGCCCACGACAUCUUCGGCGAGGAGGUGUCCACCACAGAUGACGAAGACGAUGGCGAACAGCGGAACAACACAAUGCAGCGACGCGAGCUCGAGGAUUCCUCCCGCCUUUCAGCAGACGAUUCACGGAUGUCCGACUUCUUUGGGGCCAGCACCAGUGGUGCUGGCGGAACCAGCGGCAUGAAAAUGGAGGAGAACGAAUUUACCAAAGCCAUGUUUGGCCAAGAGCCGAGCAGUCCCAAAUUGAGUGCGGCUGGCUCCAGCUCAAACCUGGCAGCUCCAAGCGGCUUCUAUGACAGCCAAAUGCUAACGAAACGAGAGGAGUUUGAGAAUAUGGAGUUUAUGGAUGAACCGCAGCCACAGUACACACAACAGCAGGUGCACGAGAAGAUCAACCAGCUAACGCGGCAGCUCAGUGAGCUGAAGGCCCAGCAGACGCAAAAAUCAAUGGAAAUUGCAUCCAUCCAAAAUGCCACACUAAAACAGCGCAUGCAAGAGACCCUGGAUAAUUUGUACACGCAGGUUAUUGAAAGGGAGCUGGAGCUUAAGGACUUUGAGAAUAUGCUAGAAUCCUAGGAACAAGUAGUUUAAAUAGAAUAAGUUUAAAGUGCAUCAAUAGAUGGUUGUGUCCCUGUA